GCUAGCUUCAUCAACCAACCACCACACUGCUGCGUCCUCCUCCUCCUCCCGGAAGCAGAGCAGGGAGCAGCAGAGGAGGACGAGGAGAGAAAGAGCGAGCGAUCACUCGCUGCCUGUCACCCCACAGGCCGGAGGAAGAACGGAAGAUAAACGCAGGUGUAGCCAAGACAACAAGAUGGUGGCGGCGGCGGUGGCGAUUGGGCUGGCGGUGGCGGCGGCGGUGGUGGUGGUGGCGAGCAGCCUGCUGCUGCGGUGGAACGAGGUGCGGUACAGUCGGAGGCGCGGCCUGCCGCCGGGCACAAUGGGGUGGCCACUCUUCGGCGAGACCACAGAGUUCCUCAAGCAGGGCCCCAGCUUCAUGAAGGCCAGGAGGCUCAGGUACGGGAGCUUGUUCAGGACGCACAUCCUGGGGUGCCCGACGGUGGUGUGCAUGGAGCCGGAGCUGAACCGUCGGGCGCUGGCCAGCGAAGGCCGCGGCUUCGUCCCGGGCUACCCGCAGUCGAUGCUCGACAUCCUCGGCCGGAACAACAUCGCCGCCGUGCAGGGCCCGCUCCACCGCGCCAUGCGCGGCGCCAUGCUCUCCCUCGUCCGCCCCGCCAUGAUCCGCUCCUCCCUCCUCCCCAAGAUCGACGCCUUCAUGCGCUCCCACCUCGCCGGCUGGUCCGCCGGCGUCGUCGACAUCCAGGCCAAGACCAAGGAGAUGGCCUUGCUAUCUGCACUCAGGCAGAUUGCUGGUGUCUCUGCUGGCCCACUUUCUGACGCACUCAAGGCAGAGCUGUACACCCUUGUACUUGGCACCAUCUCCCUGCCCAUCAACCUUCCAGGAACCAACUACUACCAAGGGUUCAAGGCAAGGAAGAAGUUUGUGGCCAUGCUGGAGCAGAUGAUCGCCGAACGGCGAUCCUCCGGUCAGGUCCAUGACGACAUGCUGGAUGCUCUCUUGACCGGCGUCGAGGGCACCAGGGAAAAGCUUAGUGAUGAACAGAUCAUUGACUUGAUCAUCACCCUCAUAUACUCUGGGUAUGAAACCAUGUCAACGACUUCGAUGAUGGCGGUCAAGUACCUGUCGGACCAUCCCAAAGCUCUUGAGCAACUCAGGAAAGAGCAUUUUGAUAUCAGGAAAGGGAAAGCGCCUGAGGAUGCCAUCGACUGGAAUGAUUUCAAGUCCAUGACCUUCACUCGAGCUGUUAUCUUUGAGACAUUAAGAUUAGCUACAGUUGUGAAUGGGCUUCUGAGGAAAACUACCCAAGAUGUUGAAAUGAAUGGCUAUGUUAUCCCGAAAGGUUGGAGAAUAUAUGUUUACACGAGGGAGAUAAAUUAUGAUCCUUUCCUGUACCCUGAUCCAAUGACAUUCAAUCCAUGGAGGUGGCUGGAGAAGAACAUGGAAUCACAUCCACACUUCAUGCUUUUCGGAGGAGGUAGUCGGAUGUGCCCGGGGAAGGAAGUCGGCACAGUGGAAAUUGCAACUUUUCUUCACUAUUUUGUGACUCAAUACAGAUGGCAGGAAGAAGGUACCAACACAAUACUGAAGUUCCCCCGAGUGGAAGCUCCCAACGGGCUACAUAUCCGAGUGGAAGAUUACUGAUCCUGGAACAUUUUGCGGAGUUUAGAUAGGAAUUCAUAGUCAGAUAGAAAAUAAGAGUGCAAUUCUGAUGCUGCUGCCCUGAUGACAGGAUUAGAACAGCCGUUUGGCUCUUGUAACAUAUGUCCAUGAAAAUAGGAAUAUUAUUAUAGAGAUAAUAUAGGCAUUAUAGGUCCAGUAGGAAACUAAUGUAGAUUGCCUUAAGAUGCUCAUGUAUUCUUUUGGUUGAUCAAUUGUUUAACUAAAACAGAAGUGUCAUUUGGCUUCUAUGCUUCUGGACUUGAUACAGAGUUACAGACACCAGCUGUCCAUAAGAACAUAACACAUGGGUGAAGAAUU